AUGAACUCGUCAACUCAUGAAGAAGUUGAGCUUCAACCAAAACAUCAAGAAAACGGUAUAGGUCGAUCUUAUGAGUGUGUUUUUUGCAAAAGAGGAUUCAAUACUGCUCAAGCUUUAGGCGGUCACAUGAAUAUUCACAGAAAAGAUAGAAUCAGAAUAACCAGACCAAGUCAAACCAACGGGCCUUACCUGACAUAUUUUUCGGGCCAUACAUCUACGGCCACUAAAGGCCCGUUUGUGAUGAACGGGCCUGAUAGUGGAUCCGAAGAUAAUAGGCCGCAGUGUCUUAAUUUGUUCGGAGAUGAUUGGCGUAUAUUGCAAUUUGGUGAAAAUAUGGAAAAGAAUAAGGGGAUAUUAGAAGAUGAUUUGGAUUUGGAGCUUCGAUUAGGCCAUGAUCCUUAA